AUGUCGACUACUGCCGUUCCUAUUGCUCUGCCCGUCAUUGACAUCUCCAACCCCCAUGACCCGGCCGUGGGGAAGGCGAUGCUUGAAGCAACCGCCAAGUACGGCUUCCUGUAUGUGAAUAGUAAAGGUGCAGAUUUCACGCCGGAGGUUGUGGAUCAUGCAUUUGGUCUUUCGAAGAAGUUUUUCGCUUCUCCAUCCUCCGACAAGGAGACUUGUCGCAUCAUGCCAAAUAACCGUGGCUGGUCUGGCAUGCACACAGAGACCUUGGACCCGGAACACCAGCGGACCGGCGACUUUAAAGAAGCCAUGAACUUUGGCGACUUCAAAGAUGGCAAAGCGCAACAGCCUCUUCCGGCAUCUCUAAAGCCCCACGAGUCAGAUAUCUCCGACUUUGCUCAACUCUGCAACAAGACCUGUAAAAGGAUUCUGAACCUACUCUCCCUAGGCUUGGAGAUUCCCCAAGACUUCUUCACCACCAGACACGACCCCAGCCUCGGACCAACGGGCAGUAUCCUCCGUUUCCUCUGGUACCCCUCGAUCUUCUCCCCCGAAACCGCAUCCUACAAGCACGACAAGGACGUCCGAGCCGGCGCCCACUCCGACUACGGCAGCAUCACGCUCCUCUUCCAACGACCCGGCCAACCGGGUCUGGAGAUCCUCACGCCCGAGGGAUCCUGGGCCCCCGUGCCCAUCAUCCCCGGCGACAAGCCCGACGCCUACCCAUUCCCACCGAUCCUGCUACUGGACGGACGGCCUGCUCAAGUCGACAGUGCACCGGGUCGUGUUCCCCUUGGAGGAGCAGCGGAGUCCGACCCCCAGGAUCGGUAUACGGUGGUGUAUUUCUGCCAUCCCGUGGACACGACCGAGUUGGUGCCGGUGCCGAGCGAGAUUGUAGCGGAACAUCGUCUGAAGACGGGCGGGUUGCAGGGGGAUGCAGCCGUGGGGUUCGGUGGAGGCGCAGGAAGCCUGGAGCCGGGGAAGAGACCGUUGACGGCGUCGGAGCAUUUGGAAUCCAGACUGGCGGCAACAUACGGAUUUACAAAGAAGGAUUAG